AUGGGAAAGAGUGCUGUUCCAAACCUUACAGGCCUAUUGCACAAAAAGGUUGCUGUUCGAAUUGACGGAGGACACACUCUCAAAGGACUAUUGAUGGGAUAUGAUGCAUUUAUGAACAUAGUGCUGUCUGGAACCAUGGAGACCAAUGAGGCGCAGAGCACUGCAGUUAUUCGAGGAGAGUUUGUAGAGGACAUAGUGCCUGUGGAUGAAGCAUCUUGA